AUGAUGUAUAACUGUUGGAAGUUAUUUGAAUAUUUUUCAAAGAACAAGAUAUUAGAAAUUGAAAGACCUUGGAGCUCUUUCAAGGUUUUGCGGAACAAUUUCUUUAAAAGAUUGAUUUUCUAUGACAGGAAUUUAUUCCUUUUUCAAAUUAACUCCACUUCUAUAACUUUUACUGUCUUUGUAUACAAUAUAAAGUAUUAA